AUGAUUAAAAAGAUUUUGCAAUUAUUUUUUGAAAGGCAACCAGUAAAACAAAUACUCUUUUCACAAAAGAUUCAACUAUCCAAUGAUGAUAUUCAAUCAUUUAAUAAUAUAAUAUAUGCCAUUUGUAAUGAUGGCGAUAGUAACAAUAAUAUAGUAGAGUAUAUUAAUAACGAUAAUAAUAAUUUGGUUAUAUUUAAAGUUAAUAAUAUCAAUAGCAGUUAUGUUAUAGAAACACCAUUUCCAUCACCAUCUUUAUUUCAAGUAACAACAAUAAACUCUUAUAAACAAUCACCAAUUAUCGAAGACAAUAAUAACAAUGAUAAUGGUAUCAAUAAUAAUGAUAAUGAUAUUAUUGAAAGUAUUGAACCAUUUUCAUUAAUAGACACAGCCGAUGAAUCAAUAUUGGAUACACCUUUAUUAUCAGAGUUAUCUCUAACAGCAGAGUCACCUUUAAUAAUAGAGUCACCUUCAACUACACUAUCAACAGAGUCACCUUUAAUAAUAGAAUCACCUUCAACAAAUGGAUUAUCUAAUUAUAAUGAUGAGGCAAUAGAGGAGAAGUUAGUUCUAGACUCAAAGUUACCAACAAUUUCUAUAACUGAUUCAAAUACUUUAGAAAAGAAUACUAAUAUUGGCGCAGAUACAUUAAGUCCAUAUGAAUGUAGUCCUAUUUUUUCAUCUGCCAGUAGUUUAUCAUCGUUGCCUUCCAUUACUACAUUGGAAUCUUUAGAGGCAAAUGUUUGCUCAUUACCAUCGACCACAGCCACUCCAGCUACAGCUGUAAAUCUUCCAUUGGGUUCUGCUGCUACAUUUGAAAUUAGAUCACUUUCAUCAUCAACAACCUCAAUAACUGCCGCUGUGUUUGAGUUUAGCCGUCAAUUGGUUGAAAAUUCAUCCCCAAGUGUUCCAUUUACCUCGCCAAUAUAUAGUCCAGUUGCUGCAACUGUCUCAAGAGCAAAUAGUUUAUCAUCAUCACCAAUACUACCAUCAUCAUCAUCAACACCAACAAAUAAAUUUGUUCCAUCAUUAUGUAUACCAACAUACUCUGCUAAUAGCAAACCAGUAUCACCAACACUAUUAUAUAGCCCAAUUUUUCAUUCACCACCACUACAACGCAUUGCAACACCUCGCUCCCCACCUUUAUUAUCGUUACAGAUAGAAAAUUCAAGCCAGCGCCAUCUUAAUGGAAAUGAUACAACAUCAAUACCAACACCUCCACCCCCACCCACAACACCACAUGUUUCGACACCACGUCCAUUAUGUGGUUUGCCUCCACCACCUCCAAAAAAAUUUAAUAGUCGUCAAAUUAAUAAAAAUGUACCAUUACCAUCCAUCAAUAUGAAGCAACUAUAUUGGAAUAAAAUGAGUAAUUCAAAGAUUCAAGGCACCAUAUUUGAUAGUUUAACCAAUCAUCCCUCUAAUUGCGAUUUUAUCAAAUUGGACUUUAAAGAUAUCGAAAGAGUAUUUUCAGCUAAAUCUAUCGAAAAGAAAGAGCAUUCGACAUGUUAUAGUCCAAGAAAGCUUUGCCCAAUUCAAAUUAUAGAUACCAAAGUCUCACAAAAUCUCUCCAUUUUCUUAUCCUCCCAAUUUAAAGGCACUGCUUUUGGUGAAAUCUGUUAUGCUAUUGAAUACGGAAAUGAAAUGAUGUUUCAACUUAACCAUAUUGAUUCCUUGUUGGGAUUCUUACCUUCUGUAGAGGAUAUCAAGCAAAUUAGUCAAUACAUAAAGGAUAACAAUACUGACGUUUGUAAACUGGGCCCAGCUGAGCAGUUUCUAUUGGCCAUCAAUUCGGUUCCACAGGUACGUGCUCGUCUUUCAAUAAUGAAAUUUAAAUACACAUUCGAAAUAAAGAAAAUGGAUUUAUACACAAACAUCAACAAUAUUAAACAAGCAACUAAAGAAAUUAAGCAAAGUGAAAAGAUUUCAAAAUUAUUAUUGGUAAUACUUACAGUGGGUAAUUUUCUUAACAGUGGCACAGCUAGAGGUAAUGCAUUUGGAUUCAAAUUAAAUACAAUCACCAAAUUGGCAGAUAUUAAAUCAACUGACAACAAAAUAUCAUUGGUUAAUUACUUAUCCAAGGUAAUUCAUAAAGAUUUUCCACAUCUCCACACAUUUGCUAAAGACCUUUGCCAUGUCGAGUCUGCUUGUCGUAUUUCGCUCUCUGAUUUGUUAACUGAAGUAUCCAAUUUAGAAAAAGAUUAUGUUCAGGUACAGCAAUUAAUUAAAUCCCUUCAAAUUGAUCAAGGUAACGAAUUUAAACAAAAGUAUGAAGCUUUUUGCACUCACAUCACUAAAGAUAUAGAUUUAAUCAUUACUGUAUCCAAAGAAACUGAAAGAGAUUUUCAACAGUUAUUGGCAAUCUAUGGUGAAGAAAUGAAAACAGAAUCAAAUGAAUUCUUUGGAAUUUUUCUUAAAUUUAUCGAACAGUAUGAAAAAUCUACAAAAGAAAAUGAAAAACUAUCAUUAAAAAAAUCAAAAAGAAGAUAACAGAGAUGGGGAAAUCUUUUACCAAAGUAAUUCAAUAUUUUUCAUGUAAUAACAACUUGUAAAUAAUAAAUAGAUAAAAAUUUUAUAAACAAUUAUUAAAUAAAAAUUCAAAUAUUGUAAAGAU